UCAGUCUGAGAUAAACUAAGGCAUAAUUUCUUACGGCUCGUCACUUGAAUUCUAUUUUUGUAGAAUAUUGAGAAACUUGAUUGAAAUUUGAUCGUUUGUGAUUGUACGGUGUUAAAGAAAACAAGUUAAUCAGUAAACAUGGGAGAAGAAGGGAGUGUAAUACCACAGGUUUUAGCAGCUCUCGGAGCCACCCUUGGUGCUUUCUCUCUGGGUACUGUACUAAGCUGGCCAGCCCCCUCUCAAUCGUAUAUUCAAGCUGGAGCUGAUGGAACUUGCAAGGUAGACUUCGAGUGCUUAACAAAGGACGAAUGGAGUCAGGUCGCUGCUCUGAGCAACAUUGGAGGAGCAAUAGUUCCCGUGGUGGCUCUCUUCUUGUUUCCAUUUAUUGGAAAGAAAUGGACAAUGAUGUCUUUAGUUAUUCCAUUUAUCGCUGGUUGGGUUCUGCUUAUCUUCUCAACUCAGCCCUGGAUGUUCUACUUAGGUCGUCUUCUUACUGGAUUCUCAGGUGGAGCCUUUGCCAUCGCCGCUCCCUCGUAUUCAAACGAGAUCGCUGAACCAAGAAUUCGUGGCGCUCUUGGCAGCCUCAUGCAGUUGAUGAUUUGCCUGGGAAUACUGUUUAUGUUUGUAGCGGGGAAAGCAAACUGGCAGGUAAUAACUGGAGUGUGUAUAAUUUUCCCAACCCUAAUGGCAGUCUCUCUCUUUUGGUUUCCUAGAUCACCUAAGUUCCUCAUUCAAAAGGGUGACAUGGAAGGAGCAAGGAAGUCUCUUCAGUUUUUCAGAAAAAAGUCCAAUGUUGAAGAUGAACUAUCUCAAAUUCAGGAAGAAGUCUCAGAUCUCCUUAAAAUUGGAACAAUUUCUCCGAUAACAAUGGUCACUCGUGGCGUUUAUCUGAAGCCAUUCCUGGUUUCCUUGUCUCUAAUGGCUUUCCAACAGUUCUCAUAUUAUAUGAAAAGAAACCUAGCUUAUGUUCAGGAUGCAGGGAGUGAGAUAGAUGAGAACUUAAGUUCUAUCCUGGUUGGUAUUGUUCAAGUUUUAGGAACUGGAUUAGCCAUCCUUAUUGUAGAUAGAUUUGGUCGUAAACUGCUUCUGGCCUCUUCUGCUAUACUGAUGUGUAUUGCAACAAGCUUACUUGGGGUCUUCUUCUUUCUCAAGGAAAAUGUUAGUGAUCCAGAGAAUGGUGCCAACAGCACGUUAACAUUUUCUUCAACAAUAUCACCAGAGGCAGGAGUAGAAGGAUAUAUUUCACAAGAGACAUUGAANCCCCCCCUAAAAAACAGUUUGAUGCUGUACAUUGCUGGAUUCUCUAUUGGAUUUGGACCCCUGCCUUGGGUCAUGAACGUUGAACUUUUCUCAUCUGAAGCUAGGGUACCAGCAAAUGCUGCAUGCGGUUCUUUAAAUUGGUUGUUUUCCUAUCUUGUUGUGUCUACAGUUCCAGCUCUACAGGAUGCAACCAGCGCAUCCUUUUUAUACUUCCUGUUCUCCGGGGUGUGUUUGCUGGGCUUUUUUUUUGUAAUCUUUGUGUGCCCAGAGACCAAGGGGAAGACAGAGCAGGAGAUGAAAGAUCAUUACAGUCUGUCUGAAUAUAAAGCUGUAACCCAAAAAGAACAAUGCUGAUCCUGUAAAAAAAAAAAUAUUUUGAAAGCAAUGAAAAAAUAUGAAGCUCUUGAAAGGAUUUCAAAGGACAUCCCUAAACCUUUUGGAAAUUCAACUAACUGGUUGAUUUUGUAACUGUAGUUUUAAAGAUGAAAAAAAGAAUUUUCUAAAAAGUA